AGGACUCUUUAAAGUAGAGACAGUACAUACUGAUAUACACCUGAACAUCAGCAGGAGAGGACUCUUUAAAGUAGAGGUCCACAGGGUCGUUUUUUUUUACAUAUAAGAAGGCAAAUCAUAAGUUAAACUCGCGUAGAAAUAAUGCUUUCAUACAAUGGACAUUUAGCGUUUCUCUGCCUCUUUACAUCACACUCACUGUAGUACCUUUGUUUUGCUCAUGGUGUGAGUUGCAGAUGUUUACCGCUGCUCAGAAACAUUCUUCCUGUUCCUCUUGAGUGUUCAUUUCCUGUUUUACUUCCUUUCAAAAACCACACACUCUGCCUGGAGCGUUUGCUUCUUCUCAGCAUGGCGAGGGUGGUGCAGAUGUUCCUGUGGGCCUGGAUUAUUAAACACUCAAGGGUGUGUUCGGACUCACUUCCAGAAAACACUUCAAAGAGGUUUGUUAUUGAAUGUUUGGAGGAACACAACAGGGCGCGGUCAACCGUCAAUCCACCUGCACGUGACAUGCUGUUCAUGACGUGGGACGAGGGUCUUGCCAUCACUGCAGCAGCGUGGGCGAGGAACUGUUUGUUUGAACACAACGUAGACCUCAAAGAUGUCCGCCGUAUGCAUGCUACCUUCUCCUCUGUGGGAGAAAACCUCUGGGCUGGAUCCCCCGCGUCACAUUUCAACGUGAAGAGUGCAAUCAAAAGUUGGGUGGAUGAAGUACACAAAUACAACUUUCAUCAAAACAGCUGCUCAGGCGUCUGUGGCCACUACACACAGGUUGUGUGGGCGAGCAGCUACAAGGUUGGCUGUGCCGUGCAGCUGUGCCCGAACGGAGUCGAACGCACAAGCUUUGCUUCUAGAGAGGGGGCUAUCUUUGUGUGCAACUAUGCCACUGCGGGUAAUUUUAACGGGAGGAAACCCUAUAGUCCAGGGUCCAGCUGCUCGGGAUGUAAUGGCACCUGUGUGGACAAUCUCUGCCGUUACAGAUGGACCCCAGAUUGGGAUCCGGCUACUUCUAACAGCGACUACGUUCCCGUUUUAAUCGUCCGCCCUCUUGCACUCGUCGUCACCUUCAUCGCUGCAUUCGCUGUGCACCACUUCUAUCCAAAUGUCUUCUUCUACGAGUAAAACCACUGUGGUGUUCAUGGUCUUAUUUAUUAAAGGGCUCAGAUCGGGGGUGUCAAAUGUACGGCGGUUACUUUGCAAAGUGUAAAAAAGGUGGGAGAAGUACUCAGAUCUUGUACUUGAGUAAAAGUAGAAGUACUCAGAUCUUGUACUUGAGUAAAAGUAGAAGUACUCAGAUCUUGUACUUGAGUAAAAGUAGAAGUACUCAGAUCUUGUACUUGAGUAAAAGUAGAAGUA